UAGAGUUACGAGUCAACUUGAUAUUGUGUGACGGUGGCUUUCCGUUCGUUUUCUGUUAUAAUUACGUUGUCAGCAUCCGUUCAUUAUCGCUAAAUGAUAAACAAAUACUGCUGCUGCUCAGGAGACGGUGAACACUUGUAAAACAAGGAUUUGUCAAAAAGAAAAUGGGUAAAUUGGAAACCAAGAGCCGGUGGCCGUUCAAACUGGGAGACCAGAGCAACAUGGCGGGAAUCCCCUCACCAUGCCACCAAGACAAAACUCCUUCAGGCUGACCAAGAAGAAUGAUUCUAUGGCAUUGUUAUAUGGCCAUGAGUGAUUAGAAAUCCUCCCUGUAGCUUAAUAUGUAUAACAUUAUCAAAAAAUGUGUCAAUUGACUUGCUGAUACCGAAGUUACGUUUUCGUUAAGAGCAGUUUCUCCCUUCAAUGGAGAUUGUCUCAUAGGCCUUGAUAUCUGCUUAAUCCUUAUAUUUAUUUAUUUUCUGGCACAGAAAAAAACGUUUUACUUCUAAUAAUACAAAAUUAACGAGGUACUAACAAAUGUACGCUUUAAACUGGAAAUUAACGUGCCGGUAUAGGCCUAGGCUGAAAAAUUAAGUCUACACAGGUCUCCAGUCUCCACACAUAUUACUGAGAAAAUUGAUCGAUGUUGGGCUGAAUUUUCGUUAGCGGCGUUACCUUCAAUGUAAACCAACCUAAUGGCAGUAUUGGGGCUAGUUAAGACAUGCCCUCAUCGCGAGACAAGCCUGUUCGGGCAUGACACGUCAUAGGUUAUGAAGUCCCAAUACGCACAACCUCUCCAGACAUCUUAAUAACUACAGUUCUGAACCAUCCUCCGACGGGAACGGGUAUACGCAUUGGCGGCCAUCAAUAAGUGGCCGAAGUGGAGUGCGGGUACCCGAAAGCUCCCUUCGUCAGGAUAAAGAACGGCGUCGAUGCCCAGGCUGGAGAAUUCCCCUGGCAUGUUGCUCUUCAUAUAGCAGAUGUCUACAACAGCAGCUUCACUAUUUACACCUGUGUGGGGGCCAUCAUUCACAAGCGGUUCGUUAUGACAGCUGCCCAUUGUGUGCAGAGUUUGAGAGCUGAAAGUAUCGUCGCAAUGAUUGGUUCCCAUUCUCAGUCGAAGCCCAGUAAAUUUGAGCAGCGCAUUCAAGUCGAAAAUGUCAUCGUUCACCCUUCGUAUUUAAUUACGGGUUCUCAGGUCUACAACGACAUCGCCUUGCUGGAACUGACCGAAGACGUCACCUGGAACCGCCUGGUACUUCCCGUCUGUCUCCCCGACGAGAAGGAAGACGGACACGAGUCUCGAGAUGACCUCGACUCUGACCCCUUGGUUGGUCGACCUGUCACCGUGGCUGGGUGGGGCUUGACGGAUGAGGUCAAAGAAGGAGGAGAGCUUGCCGACACACUGCAGAAGGUGGAGCUGGAGGUGUUAUCGCUGACAAAAUGUAGGGAGUGGAUUGAGGAAUUACUGGGCAGGUACUACCCAUUGAGGGAGACACAGCUCUGCGCAGGCCUAGAGGAAGGACUGAAGGACUCUUGCACGGGCGACAGCGGUGGUCCCUUGCUCCUGAAGAACGCAGAAAACCAAAGAGUGGCCAUCGGCGUCGUGUCGACCGGUUUCGGCUGCGGACGCCCACGGCAGCCUGGAGUAUACACCCGCGUCUCCAAGUUCCUGGAAUGGAUCAUCGACACGAUCAAAGAAUCUGGACAUUACGUUCCCGAUCGUGGCUCUGAGGAGACAGUCCGUUAGAGCAAUCACUAUCUAGCUAAUUGUCAAUAUGUGUUUGUGAGAAUAUAAUUGUACACUCGCUCUCGCUCUUACACACGAUCAGAUUAUCAUAUAUGGCAAUUAUGAUGUGGAUUAAAUGCGUAUUUAUGUAUACGUUAAUGUGGCAUGAAUGCAUAUAACUUUCAGAGCUGGAUUCAUGCCAAUGUUUAGUCCUGACAUGGCAUAAAAAAGCUCUUUAUUGCCUGCCGAGUAGCUGGGAAACUGUAUGCCUAAAUAGAAUAAUAUAAUUAUUUAUUGAUA